AUCAUGUUACCGAGGUAGUAAAUAAAGAGAUAACCUUGGAACACGCUCAUUUGGGAGUUGCAUAUAUCUAUAUAUCUAUCAUACUAACUGUACUACGCGUAGGCGAAUUGUAUUGCUGUGAUCAUCAACAGAGUCACUAUUACUUUGGAUUAUACCUAUUAGAUACCUAAUCGUCUUGUCAUCAUCAUUCGAGACUAUUAUCUGACAACCUGGGGCAGAGCGAUAACUCUAUAAACUCCCUAUUUCAUUACUUUUCAACGUCUCACAGCUGUACUAGGUAUCUACUAUUACCAUGUCGUCUCUAGAACAUGGUAAUGAUGAGUCGGAAGGUGAAAAUGAAGCCCGAGUGGUCCUCGACGUCGAUGGUGAUUUCUACCUACCCGGUCUCGAAAUGGAAGGUUCCAAUGGAACAGCAACCUUUAAACUGCCCCAGUUGCGGACAAUCUUGAAACCUGCGGCGGGAAUUCUGGUUAAUUGCCGCCCUGUCCCUCGAUCAGCAAGUGUAGCUCGCGCGACAUCAGCUAUGGGUCAUGGCCAGAAUGACGUUUGGACAGCUUCGAAUUUCCAAGCAUCCGAUAGUCCAGAAUUCAUGUUCCCCGCCCGUAUGAUCAAUACAUCCGAACGUCGCUUUCUCAAUCGGUUCUGUAUCCGCCGGCGUUUCGUCCCUCAAGUCACGGGACUGAAGACCAUGAUGAUAUAUGCUGACGGAGCUUGCUGCAACAACGGUUCGGCCGAGAAAAUCCCUCGUGGUGGCUACGCAUUCGUUUUCAACAACUCACCUACAGGAACCUACUCCUCUGGACUAGAGAAGAAAGGGGUAGAUGGUCAAGUGUACGCCCAUACAAACAACAGAGCAGAACUUCGCGCCAUCAUUGCGGCUCUUCAUUUUCGUACCUGGUGGGGUGAGGGAUGGGAGCGUAUCGUCAUGGUAACCGACUCCGAGUACGUAAGCAAGGGCGGGACCGAGUGGUUGCGUAGCUGGGCUGGUAGAAAUUGGCGUACCUCCGGCGGCAAGCAAGUCGCCAACCAGGAUCUUUGGAAGGCUUUGUCGGAAGUCUUAGGCAGCUAUGCUAAGAGUGGAUGCGAGGUAUCAUUCUGGACCGUUCCGAGAAACUACAACACAUUAGCUGAUGCUGCCGCGAAGGCUGCGGCUGACCAAGCUAAUGGUGCAGAGGAAUAUAUUAAUGAUAGUAGAGCGUUAAUCUAAAGCCUACGUAAGAAAUCAGCCGGACCAGCCAUUCAAGAUGCUGUUAUUCCUAGCAUAAUGUACUUGGGAAGCUAAAACCUGAAAAGGGGGACUUGAAGCUGACUUAUAUCUAUGAGAGGGGGACAAAUUGUCUGUUUCUAAAUAUUGGUAGACUUUGCUGAAUGCAUUGACUAGGACAUUAAGUAGAGAAAUGGUAAAGCCAUGACUUAGCCAAAAUGGACUUCAUAUGACAGUUGAUACGUAAGCAUGCAUAGGAG